AUGGGUCUGAAAUCUGUGGUCUUUGCGGCUUUGAGCUUUGUCGCUUUGGCAAAUGCUUCUGCGAUCGAUACACGAACAAACAAACCCACAAACACUCAAUACUACAACUCCAAGACAGCCCCAUACUAUGUCUCACCAAAUAAUAUCCCCGAAGUCUCCUUCGACGUCGGUGAAAGCUACGCCGGUCAAAUCCCAGUUGACUUGAAGAAAAACGGCGCCAAGGAUCCAAAGUUCUUCUAUUGGUUCUUCCCAACUGUUAAUCCUGCUGGGAAGGAUGAUGUUGUUAUUUGGUUCAAUGGUGGACCUGGAUGUUCAUCCCUAGAAGGCUUCAUCCAAGAAAAUGGCCCUUUCAAGUGGCAGUAUGGAACAUACAAACCCGUUCCCAACGCUUGGUCAUGGCACAAACUUGCCAACGUCAUCUGGGUCGAAUAUCCCAUCGGCACAGGCUUCUCAACCGGCCCCGUAACCGCCCACAACAACACCGAAACAGCAGCCCAAUUCACAAAAUGGUGGAAAAACCUCGUCGACACCUUCUCCUUGCAAAACAAGAAGAUCUUCGUCACAGGCGAAUCCUACGCAGGCGUCUACGUUCCCUACGUCGGUGCCGCCAUGCUCGACAAGAAAGACAAAGAGUACUACGACGUUCAGGGCGCACUUUACUACGAUCCCGUCAUGCCGUACGCUGACGAGCUUCAUCUUGACAAAGCUGCUUUUCCGGCGUUCUUUAGACAUUGGGAGAGUGUUUUUGCUAUCCCUGAUAAGAAUAAGAAGAUUCUUGAGAAGGAUAAUGAGAAGUGUGGGUUGGAUAAGUAUCGUGAGGAACAUUUGACGUACCCUCCUCCUAAAAAGCCUUGGAAGAAGGUUCAGACCAAGGGAUGCGAUAUCACUGCUCAUUUCGACGAGAUCAUCCCUGUUAUCAACCCUUGCUUCAACGUUUAUCAUGUUCAGGAUACUUGUCCUGUGUUAUGGGAUAUCCUGGGUUUCCCAUCAGUGGAGUAUAAUCCUCCCGGCGCAACGAUUUACUUCAACCUUCCCGAAGUCCGCAAGGCUAUCCAUGCACCCGCCGCACCAAAGAACUGGACAUCAUGCUCCGGACCCGUCUUCAUUGACGACGAACCACACUACGAUCCCAUCGAGCACGAAAAGAAAUUCCAAACCCUUGUUGAAAAAACAAACAACGUAAUCAUCGGCUCAGGUGUAGCAGACUACAUCAUCACAUCCAACACCACAGCACUCGCAGUGCAAGGUCUAACAUGGAAUGGAAAACAAGGAUUCCAGAAAGCCCCGAGUGAGGAGUUUGUUGUGCCUGUUAUUAACAACACGGCUAUGAAUGUGGAGAACUGGGCUGGAGGAAGUGUGCAGGGAGAAGUUCAUAGUGAACGAGGUUUUACGCUUGCGACUGUUAAGACGAGUGGUCAUAUGGUGCCGCAGUAUGCGCCUCCGGCUGCGUUUAGACAGUUGGAGCAUUUGCUUGGACGGGUUGAGAGUUUGACGGAUGGGGAGCCUUGGUCUGUUAAUAUUUCUACUUCUUUCAAGUGGCCGUACUAG